AUGGCGUGUGUAGAUUUUCACGGCGAUAAUGGUGUUAAUUUGACGGAGGAGCCGAGUAUCGAGACGGAUAAAUUGAGCUACGAGAUUUUCUCCAUACUCGAGAGCAAAUUCCUUUUUGGGUACGACGAUCGGAAGCUCUGGGUCCCGCUGCAGGCGAAGGACGGCCUCAACCAGAGGGGGAAAAUCUGCGUCCUGAGCGUGGACGGCGGCGGGAUGCGGAACGUCGUGUCGGGCAAGGCGCUGUCGUACCUGGAGGCGGCCCUGCAGAGGAAAUCUGGGAACCCGGAGGCGCGUGUCGCCGACUACUUCGACGUCGCCGCAGGGAGCGGAGUCGGGGGCAUCUUCACGGCGAUGCUCUUCGCCGCGGACGGCGGGGGGCGCCCGAUCUUCCGCGCCGACGACACGUGGAAGUUCCUCGCAGCGGAGGGAAGGGGGUUCUACCGCCCCCCCGCCAGGCCGCGCAGGCGCGGCCUCCUCAGCCGCAUCUUCGGCGGAGGCGGCGCAGCCGCCGCCGCGGGCGGCUCCGUGCUGGAGAAGGCGAUGAGGGAGGCGUUCAGGGACGGGGGGACCGGGCGGACCCUGACGCUGAAGGACACGCUGAAGCCGGUGCUGAUACCGUGCUACGACCUGUCCAGCUCGGCGCCGUUUCUUUUCUCGCGGGCCGACGCGCUGGAGACGGACAGCUUCGAUUUCAACCUGUGGGAGGUCUGCCUGGCGACCGCGGCCGAACCGGGCCUGUUCGAGCCGGUCUGCAUGAAGUCGGUCGACGGGUCGACUCGGUGCGUAGGGGUCGACGGCGGCCUGGCUAUGAACAACCCGACGGCGGCCGCGAUCACGCACGUGCUGCACAACAAGCAGGAGUUCCCGUUCGUGAGGGGGGUCGAGGACAUUUUGGUACUCUCGAUCGGGGCCGGCGGGCAGCUGCUGGAGGGCAGCUUCGAGUACGAGGAGGUGAGGAAGUGGAAGGCUCGGGAUUGGGCUCGGCCGCUUGCUCGGAUCUCCGGCGAGGGCUCGACGGAGAUGGUGGACCACGCGGUGGCGAUGGCGUUUGGGCAGAACCGGGCAAGUAAUUACGUUCGGAUUCAGGCAAAUGGUUCGAGCUCCGUUAGGUGUGGGGUCAACGUAGACUCUGAUCCGAGCCCGAGUAAUGUAAAAGCUCUGAUUGAGAUAGCCGAUGAGAUGCUGAAACAGAAAAAUGUAGAGUCUGUUCUGUUUAGCGGCAAGCGUAUUGGUGAACAAAGCAAUUUCGAAAAAAUCGACUGGUUUGCCGAGCAACUUGUGUUAGAGCAUCAGCGAAGGAGUAGCCGUAUAGCGCCAACUGUCGCAUUCAAGCAAGCCAAUAGAAAACAUCCUUAA